UCAUUCUCGCCGGAGCGGAAGCAGCGGGGAAGCAGCGGAGCUCUAGCCGCAGAAGCAGCGCUCAGGCUCGGCCACACACCGGCUGACAUGCCGCGGGGAUGAUGGCUGCCUUCGGCAUUCUGAGCUACGAACACAGGCCUCUCAAACGGCCCAGACUCGGUCCUCCGGACGUUUAUCCGCAGGACCCGAAGCAAAAGGAGGAUGAGUUGACGGCAUUGAACGUCAAGCAAGGAUUUAACAACCAGCCAGCUGUUUCAGGCGAUGAGCAUGGCAGCGCUAAAAAUGUCAAUUUCAACCCUUCAAAGAUCAGCUCAAACUUCAGCAGCAUCAUUGCAGAGAAGUUACGCUGCAACACAUUUCCAGACAUUGGCAAGAGGAAGCCGCAGGUCAAUCAGAAGGACAACUUCUGGCUCGUCACAGCGCGGUCGCAGAGCUCAAUUAAUAACUGGUUCACAGACUUGGCCGGGACUAAACCCUUAACUCAGCUCGCUAAAAAGGUUCCCAUCUUCAGCAAGAAAGAGGAAGUGUUUGGCUACCUUGCCAAGUACUGUGUGCCGGUGAUGCGAUCUGCUUGGAUGAUUAAAAUGACGUGUGCAUAUCACGCUGCCAUAACCGAAACCAAGGUGAAGAAGAGGCAUGUCAUUGACCCCUGCAUAGAAUGGACUCAGAUAAUUACUAAAUACCUGUGGGAGCAGCUGCAGAAGGUGGCAGAGUUUUACAGACAGUCUCCCAGCCAGGGCUGUGGGUCUCCUCUGCCCGCUCCUCCUGCUGAGGUGGAAACCGCCAUGAAACAGUGGGAGUACAACGAGAAGCUGGCCAUGUUCAUGUUUCAGGAUGGCAUGUUAGACAGACAUGAGUUCCUCACCUGGGUGCUGGAGUGUUUUGAGAAGAUCAGACCUGGCGAGGACGAGCUUCUGCGAUUCCUGCUGCCGCUCCUGUUACAGUACUCGGGAGAGUUUGUGCAGUCAGCCUAUUUAUCUAGACGGCUGGCAUAUUUCUGCACACGCCGGCUCAAUCUGCUGCUGAGCGAUGGCAGUCUCGGACCAGGUCCAGGCGGACACCCGGCCCACGGCAUUUCAGCACAGCAAGGGAACGCUCUGCCCCCCACCCCAACCUCCCAGCCUGCAGGGGGCAACCAGCCCCAAACCCCCUUCACAGACUUCUACAUCUGCCCCCAGCACAGGCCCGUGGUGUUCGGACUCAGCUGCAUGCUGCAGAGUAUCGUGUUGUGUUGUCCCAGCGCUCUGGUCUGGCACUACUCUCUGACAGAUAGCCGUAAUAAGACCGGCUCGCCAUUAGACCUCUUGCCAAUCGCGUCCUCUAACCUGCCCAUGCCGGGGGGCAACAGCAGCUUUAACCAGCAGGUUCGUGCCAAGGUGAGGGAGAUUGAAGAGCAGAUCAAAGAGAGAGGACAGGCGGUGGAGUUUCGCUGGUCCUUCGACAAGUGUCAGGAGACGACAGCAGGUUUCACCAUCAGCCGGGUUCUGCAUACAUUGGAGGUUUUGGACAACCACAGCUUUGAGAAGUCUGACUUCAGCAAUUCCCUGGAUUCGCUGUAUAACCGAAUCUUUGGCUCGGGACAGAGCAAAGACGGACACGAGAUGAGCCCAGACGACGAUGCGGUGGUGACCCUGCUGUGUGAGUGGGCUGUUUCCUGUAAAAGGUCCGGGCCGCAUAGAGCCAUGGUGGUGGCCAAACUCCUGGAGAAGAGGCAGACGGAGAUUGAGGCAGAGAGGUGUGGAGAGUCUGAGGUCGUGGAUGAGAAGGGCUCUGUGUCGUCAGGGUCUCUGUCUGCUGCUACUCUGCCCGUCUUCCAGGACGUCCUACUGCAGUUCCUGGACACACAAGCCCCUGUGCUCACUGAGCCCGGGAACGAGAGCGAGCGAGUGGAGUUCUCCAAUCUCGUGCUGCUCUUCUGCGAGCUCAUCCGUCAUGACGUCUUCUCACACAACAUCUACAUGUGCACCCUCAUCUCCCGUGGCGACCUGGCCUCCGACUCCCAUCUGCCCCGCCCACGUUCCCCCGGCGACGAGCCCUCUGACGAAUCAGAGCGCAAAGAGCAGGAUGCAGGAAGCAGUGUUAAAAUGGAGGAUACUGGUAUGUCCGAGUCUAUGGAGAUAGAUCACAACUCGAGUGCUAACUUUGAUGAGCAGAUGUUCUCUCCUUCGAUGCACUGCGAGUCGAAGGGAAGCCCUUCCCCGGAGAAACCUGCCCCUGAGCAGGAGAGCAAAAACACUGCCAAGGAUAAGGGCAUGGACCCAGCCUUCACGCUGGUUUACGAGCAGCCCCGCCACAUACAGUACGCCACCCACUUCCCCAUUCCUCAGGAGGAGAGCGCAAGUCACGAGUGUAACCAGCGUCUGGUGGUUCUCUAUGGGGUUGGCAAACAGCGAGAUGAAGCUCGCCACGCCAUCAAGAAGAUCACCAAAGACAUCCUGAAGGUUCUCAACCGCAAGAGUACAGCAGAGACAGGAGGUGAGGAAGGUCAGAAGAGGAAGAGGAGUAAACCUGAGGCCUUUCCCACCGCUGAAGACAUUUUCUCUAAAUUCCAGCACCUCUCACACUUUGACCAGCACCAGGUCACCUCUCAGGUGUCCAGGAAUGUUCUGGAACAGAUCACCAGCUUUGCCUUAGGGAUGUCCUAUCACCUCCCACUGGUCCAACACAUCCAGUUCAUCUUUGACCUCAUGGAGUAUUCGCUCAAUAUAAGUGGCCUCAUUGACUUUGCUAUACAGCUGCUGAAUGAGUUGAGUCUGGUGGAAGCAGAACUCCUGCUGAAGUCCUCCAACCUGGCAGGCAGUUACACUACAGGUCUUUGUCUGUGUAUCGUGGCCGUUCUGCGGAGAUACCACUCCUGCCUCAUCCUUAACCCUGACCAGACCGCACAGGUCUUCGAUGGGCUGAGGAUUGUAGUCAAGUCUGGCGUGAACCCUGCAGACUGUUCCUCAGCUGAACGCUGUAUCCUGGCCUAUCUCUACGACCUCUAUACCUCCUGCAGUCACCUGAAGAGCAAGUUUGGAGAGAUUUUCAGUGAGUUCUGCUCAAAGGUGAAGAAUUCCAUCUACUAUAACAUCGACCCAUCAGACUCCAACAUGCUGUGGGAUCAGGUGUUCAUGAUCGACGCUAUCGCUAAUCCUACCGCGCACAACCUCAACCACUCCAUGGUGGGAAAGAUCCUCAAUGACAGCCCAGCUAACCGAUACAGCUUCGUGUGUAACGUGCUCAUGGACGUGUGCGUGGACCACCGUGAUCCCGAGAGGGUGAAUGAUAUCGGGAUCCUGUGCGCGGAGCUGACGGCGUACUGUCGCUCUCUCAGCGCUGAGUGGUUAGGAGUGCUCAAGGCUCUCUGCUGUUCCUCCAACAACGGCAACUGCGGCUUCAACGAUUUGCUCUGCAAUGUUGACGUGAGUGAUCUGUCUUUCCACGACUCGCUGGCGACAUUCGUUGCCAUCCUGAUAGCUCGGCAGUGUUUGUUGCUGGAGGAUCUGGUGCGCUGUGUGGCCAUUCCCUCCCUCCUCAACGCAGCCUGUAGUGAGCAGGACUCUGAACCUGGAGCCAGACUUACCUGGAUUGUCAUACUUGGAAACAUGGACCAGUGGACCAUGAGACAGUCGUCUCUGGAGCUGCAGCUCAUGAUCAAGCAAAGCUCAAAUAACGAGCUGUAUUCUCUUCUGGAGAACAUAGCCAAGGCCACCAUCGAAGUUUUCCAGAAGUCUGCGGAGAUGAACUCUAGUAACCCCACCUGGAAUGGCUCCGUGGUUUCUGGCAGCUCCGUCUCCAAUAGCAACAGUGCCAGCAAACUCAAACCUGUGCUCAGUUCCUCCGAGCGUUCAGGGGUCUGGUUAGUGGCCCCUCUGAUUGGUAAGCUGCCCACCUCAGUGCAGGGUCACGUGCUGAAGGCUGCGGGUGAAGAGCUGGAGAAGGGACAGCACCUGGGACCCUCCUCACGGAAAGAAAGAGAUCGGCAGAAACAAAAAAGUAUGUCUCUCCUGAGCCAGCAGCCCUUCCUCUCUCUGGUGCUGACGUGUCUCAAGGGACAAGACGAGCAGAGGGAGGGUCUCCUGACUUCCCUCUACAGCCAAGUCCAGCAGAUUGUGACUAACUGGCGUGAGGACCAGUACCAGGAUGACUGCAAGGCCAAGCAGAUGAUGCACGAGGCCUUGAAGCUGCGACUCAAUCUGGUGGGUGGGAUGUUUGAUACGGUGCAGCGAAGCACACAGCAGACGACAGAGUGGGCGGUGCUUCUGCUGGACAUCAUCAGCAGUGGCACAGUGGACAUGCAGUCUAACAAUGAGCUCUUCACUACGGUGUUAGACAUGCUGAGCGUGUUGAUUAACGGCACUCUGGCGGCUGACAUGUCCAGCAUCUCUCAGGGCAGCAUGGAGGAGAAUAAGAGGGCCUACAUGAACCUGGUCAAGAAACUCAGGAAAGAGCUUGGUGAGCGUCAGUCCGAGAGCUUGGAGAAAGUGCGGCAGCUGCUGCCUCUGCCCAAGCAGACGCGUGACGUCAUCACCUGUGAGCCCCAGGGGUCACUCAUUGACACAAAGGGCAACAAAAUUGCUGGAUUCGAAAAAGAGGGUCUUCAGGUGUCGACUAAGCAGAAGAUUUCUCCUUGGGACGUGUUCGAGGGGCUGAAGCACUCGGCUCCGCUGUCCUGGGGCUGGUUUGGGUCCGUGCGGGUCGACCGCAAAGUCACGAAGUUUGAGGAGCAGCAGCGGCUCCUGCUUUACCACACCCACAUAAAGCCCAAACAGCGCAGUUACUAUCUGGCGCCCCUCAACCUGCCCCAAGAGGAGGAGGAGCCGCCUACACCUGUGCCUCCUGAGCCGGACAAGAAGGUGGAUCCAGGGAAGCCGGAGAAGAGCGUCUCUAAUGUCGCACCUGACACCAGUAAGAAGAAAAAGAAAAAGAAACCGACAUCCGCAAAUAAACAAGAGGACUACAAGCCGCACAACCCAGUCUUGCAGUACACGCCAGGCAUGGCUCCUGAUCUGAUGAACAUGGGCCAGUCAAACAUGCCUUUCCGAAUGGGCUACCCGGGUCCAAUGAGCAUGCAUGCCCAAAACCAGCCUCUACCUCCAGGAGGCCCCGGUUUAGAGCCCCCUUUCCGUCUCAGGGGUCCUAUGGGCAAAAUUCCUCCACGUCCCACCUACAGCAUGACUAAUAUGCCGGGUGCUGGCAUGGGCAACAUGAUGGGAAUGGACAAGCAGUUCCAGAUGGGCUAUAAGCCCCCACAGAGCAUGCCUCAGGGGCAGAUUCUCCGUCAUCAGCUACAGGUCAGACUGAAUCAUAAUCAUUUACUUGGACAAGCGCAGAUUAGACAAGUGGCACCUAAUCAACAGUAUCCAUCAAUGCAACCGACACAGAACAUUUCCCAGGGCUACACCAUCUACGGUUCGCACAUGGGGAUGCAGCCACACCCCUCUCAGCCCGCUGGAAUAGUUCCUGCCUCGUACGGUAACCAGGGCUUCCAGGGAGGACAUCCUGGCACAAACCCAGCCAUGGUGGACCCUCUUAGGCAAAUGCAGCAGAGACCUAGUGGCUACGUCCAUCAGCAGGCUCCUGGAGCAUACGCACACACCGUGCCAAACACGCAAAGGUUUUCCCAUCAGUCCAUGCAGCAGACGCCUUUGAUGCACGGCCUGGCUCAAGGUCACAUGGGAGCGCAGGCCAUGCACCCCAACAUGAGGACCAAUCAGAUGAUGGACCAGCAGCAGCAGCAGCAACAACAGCAAGCCCAACAGCAGCAGCUGAUCAGACAGCAUCCAGCUCUCAGACAGCAGCAGCAGCAGGUUCAGCAACAAGUGCAGCAGCAACAGCAGCAGGUCCAGCAGCAGCAGCAGCAGCAGCAGGUUCAGCCUCAGCAGGUGCAGCAGCAGCAGGUUCAACAGCAGCCGGUGGCGGCAGCACAGCCUCCCGCUCAGGCCCUGGGAAUGCAGCCCAUGUUCCCUCGGCAAGGCAUGCAGCAAACCCAGCAGCAGCAGCAGACCGCAGCGCUGGUCAGACAGCUCCAGCAGCAGCUCUCAAGUACUCAACCUGGACAGAACACCAACUCAUAUUUCUGAGAGCGUCUGAAUGCAUUUCACCAGUGGUAAAGAGUAGUUUU